AUGGCCAUUUUUACUGCUCCUCGCUCAUUCAGCAAUGCCCUGGUCCAAGAUCCUAUGGGCAACAGCCUUAUCGCCGGAACCAUGCAAUCAAAUCACCCCUCCUUCUUUCACCUAGUCCUGCUGGUCUUUGAGGCUGUUUUGGAGGUUGUCUGUGUCUGUCUACCAGGUUACAUUGUUGCUCGCCAGGGACUAUUCGAUGCCGAUGCUCAGAAGUUCGUGGCGAACCUCAAUGUGAUGCUAUUCACUCCUUGCCUGAUCUUCAUCAAACUAGGCUCCCAAUUGACCGCGGAAAAACUCACCGACCUUGCCAUUAUCCCUGUCAUCUUCGUCGUCCAGACUGCGGUCUCAUACUCCUGCGCCUUUGUGGUCACGCGAUGUUGGGGAUUCAAGAAACGCCAGUCCAAUUUCGUGACAGCGAUGGCGGUGUUCGGCAACUCUAAUUCCCUCCCCAUCUCCCUCGUCAUCUCCCUCUCAGCAACUCUAAAGGGCCUCCACUGGAAUCGCGUUCCUAAUGAUAAUGAUGAUGAAGUCGCGGCUCGAGGAAUUUUAUAUCUACUCAUCUUCCAGCAGUUAGGUCAACUGGUGCGCUGGAGCUGGGGGUACCAUGUUCUGUUGGCACCAAAGGACCGAUAUCUUGAAGAGGAGGAGCGAGAGGAAACUGGAGAGACAGUGAUUGAACAGGGACAGGCUCGCUACAGCGAUAAUCCUGCGCAGACAGACCCAGAUGAGCCACUUGUGCGUACCCGGAACUCGCAAGAAUUCUAUGGCUCAAAUGGCCAUGCGAACGGCAGCCGUUUCGCGUCUGGAGAACAGACCCCGGUUUCCUCCCGUGCCUACUCCUACAGAAAAGCCGCCUCAAUAAAUUCCGGCGAUGAGGACCUCUACUCCGAUGACUCGCCAUCGGACAUUGGACCUCCACCAACAGGUCCCUUCCUGCCACGGUCCAGCACAGGAGACAUCUUAUCUUUCCCCGACGUCGAAGCCACCGCACGAGAAACGCAUCAGACGAAGCAACCAUACUUGCAGCGAUGCAAAACAUCCAUCCGUCGAAGUGGCCACCAUGUGCGACGCUUCUUUGCCCAAAAGAGAGACACAUUAUAUGCACGCCUUCCCACAAAAGCCCAAAAGACCCUCUCAUGGACUUCAACUGGGAUCCGUCGCUUCAUACGCGGACUAUGGGACUUUAUGAAUCCGCCACUCUGGGCCAUGCUUGUCGCGAUCGUUAUCGCCUCAUUCCCAUCCCUACAGCAUCUCUUCUUUGAUGAAGGUACAUUCGUUCGCAACUCUGUCACUCGUGCCAUCGAACAGAAUUCCCAGGUCGCUGUUCCCCUGAUCCUGGUUGUGCUGGGCGCCAACUUAGCCCGGAAUACACUACCAGAGGAAGCUCUCGCCGAUAUCGAGCACCCAAAUGCGGAGAAAAAAACUUAUCAUUGCUUCUCUCCUUGCGCGCAUGCUUCUUCCAACUUUGAUCAUGGCUCCCUUAAUCGCCUUGAUGGCCAACUUGCGCAGAUUUGUCAAAUAAACAACGUUUACGUUGGAGCUAUGUCGAAGCUCUUAUUCCAGAGCUAUGUCGUCUGGAUCCUUCCCUCUACUCUUAUCCUAGUCGUCUGCGCUCUGGAGGUUCUCGAAUGGGCUUCCGCAUAG